AUGGGUUUUGGUGUGUCGAGAAGUAUGGAGGUUACGGGAUUAAACAAGGCCGCAUUAAGUGUGGCAAAGAGAUUUGAACAAUUUAGGGGAUACGGGGGAAAAAUGAUUCAAUUGGGAUAA